CAGAGCGGUGAACGAGGCCGUCGGCCAUUUUGUGUCUGUUUCCUGCGGGACGCGGUGGUGGCAGUUGGGUCUGAUAAGUGAGCGAUUUUGGCCUCGUUUUUCCUGCUUAUUUUCUCCUCCCUUUUUACUUUGUCAGUAGAGCCUAGUUAUGGGUCGCAAGAAGAAGAAGCAGCUGAAGCCGUGGUGUUGGUAUUGUAAUAGAGAUUUUGAUGAUGAGAAGAUCCUUAUACAGCACCAAAAAGCAAAACAUUUUAAAUGCCAUAUAUGUCAUAAGAAAUUGUACACAGGACCUGGCUUGGCUAUACAUUGCAUGCAGGUGCAUAAAGAGACAAUAGAUGCUGUACCAAAUGCAAUACCUGGGAGAACAGACAUAGAGCUGGAAAUAUACGGUAUGGAAGGUAUUCCAGAAAAAGACAUGGAUGAAAGAAGACGACUUCUUGAACAGAAAACACAGGCAGAAAGUCAAAAAAAGAAGCAACAAGAUGAUUCUGAUGAAUAUGAUGAUGAUGACUCUGCAGCAUCAACUUCAUUUCAGCCACAGCCUGUACAACCCCAACAAGGUUAUAUCCCUCCAAUGGCACAGCCAGGACUACCACCAGUUCCGGGAGCACCAGGAAUGCCUCCAGGCAUACCUCCAUUAAUGCCAGGUGUUCCUCCUCUGAUGCCAGGGAUGCCACCAGUUAUGCCAGGCAUGCCACCGGGAUUGCAUCAUCAGAGAAAAUACACCCAGUCAUUUUGCGGUGAAAACAUAAUGAUGCCAAUGGGUGGAAUGAUGCCACCUGGACCAGGAAUACCACCUCUGAUGCCUGGAAUGCCACCAGGUAUGCCCCCUCCUGUUCCACGUCCUGGAAUUCCUCCAAUGACUCAAGCACAGGCUGUUUCAGCACCAGGUAUUCUUAAUAGACCACCUGCACCAGCAGCAGCAGUGCCUGCUCCACAGCCUCCAGUUACUAAGCCUCUUUUCCCCAGUGCUGGACAGAUGGGGACACCUGUAACAAGCUCAAGUACAGCUUCAUCCAAUUCAGAAAGUCUGUCUGCAUCUUCUAAAGCUCUGUUUCCUAGCACAGCACAAGCUCAGGCAGCUGUCCAAGGACCUGUUGGUACAGAUUUCAAGCCCUUAAAUAGUACCCCUGCAACAACUACCGAACCCCCGAAGCCUACAUUUCCUGCUUAUACACAGUCUACAGCUUCAACCACUAGUACAACAAAUAGCACUGCAGCUAAACCAGCGGCUUCAAUAACAAGUAAGCCCGCUACUCUUACAACAACCAGUGCAACCAGUAAGUUGAUCCAUCCUGAUGAGGAUAUAUCACUGGAGGAGAGAAGGGCGCAGUUACCUAAAUAUCAACGUAAUCUUCCUCGUCCAGGACAGGCUCCCAUUGGUAAUCCACCAGUUGGGCCAAUUGGAGGUAUGAUGCCACCACAGCCAGGCAUCCCACAGCAACAAGGAAUGAGACCCCCAAUGCCGCCUCAUGGUCAGUAUGGUGGUCAUCAUCAAGGCAUGCCAGGUUACCUUCCUGGAGCUAUGCCACCAUAUGGGCAGGGACCGCCAAUGGUGCCCCCUUACCAAGGUGGGCCUCCUCGACCUCCGAUGGGAAUGAGACCUCCUGUAAUGUCGCAAGGUGGCCGUUACUGAUCUCACUUCAUCCAGUCUAAUAGCCCUGCCAUAGGACAGGCUGAGGCUGAGUCUCAGUGUUGCCCUGUUCAGUCUGAGGCAAGUGGGAUUUAUUUUAUUCCUUAUAGGGGCUUUCACAGCUUGAUGGCUGUUGGAUAUUUAUGUCCCCAAACUUGCAGCAAGUUUGGUGAAGGCCCCUAAAUUUAAUUAAACGUAGGAUUUUUAUACUAUUUUGGCAGAGAAGGCUCUAUAUUAAUAUUCUUGUUUGACUGUGGUGUUAAUAAACAAGAAGCAUUUACUAUAUGUAAUUUACUUUGUGUCAUAUAAUAUUUAACAGCCUCAGUAGAGCUGGUCUUGCUAUAUUGCAGUUUAGUAUAUUGACAAAAUUUGACGUUCUUGAUUUGGAGGCAUGAAAUGUUGCAGUCAAAUUUUCCACUUUUCAUUUUUAGGAAAAUCUUACUGGUUAUUUGUUCUUCAAAGUAUUAAAUUUAACCUCAAGUAAUACUGGAAAUGCUCCUGGACACUGAAAUAUGCAUACUUAAUUCUGAAGUUAUGCAUUGAACAUUAUAAUAGGUUGAAAGGUAUCUGGAAAUGCUUGUGAUUUUUAAUAUCUUUUCAAACCUCACCACAUUAGAGCAAAUGUUAAUGUAGAGCCCUGUGAAAAGGGGGAAGGUGGUCUGUGUGUGGUAUGUAUGCGUAUACACUACACAUUUGAGAUAAUGGAAAGAGUUUGGAUAUUACAGACCUGUCAGUAUGGAUAGGUUACUAAUUUUCAGGGAGCCAAACAAAAAUCGUGUUAAGUGCUAAAGUUUGUAUAUUGAACUGUGGUUUUAAAACAACUAUUUUGAGGUUCAUUUUCAGCCUUAGUGAACAAUGUUUUACACAAUCUGCAUAUAUGAGAAGUAUCGACGUUUGUUUCCAACUAAAGUUUGCUUUUAUUUGGUGAGAAAAGAUAUGCUUAUGUUUGCAUGUUGUUAGGGGGUAAAGAGGGAAUUGGAAGAAAGGCCAAAACAUAAACCUGGAUUUUGUUCCUUCCUGUGUUUUAACCACCAUUUUAUCCAGAUAGAAUUUUCCUCUGACCAGUAACAAUUAAGAUACAGUACAACGUCUAGCAAACCUGAGAUUGUGUUUCUCUGUCAUUUUAAUUUUUGAAAGCAUAAAGAAAAAAUACACAUUAAAUGAAUUCUAAAUUUUCACCUGUUUAACUUCUACAUGCUUUUCUCUGUAAGCAAAUCAUGGGAAAAAGGAUUUUAAUGUUUGAAAAAAGAACUUUGUCACAAAAAUAUUCCUUUGGAAUAUUUUAUAACCUUAAUAAUUAUACCGUUAAGACUCCUUAUUUGGAGUUGUUUUCUGUUGCACCAUCUCCCAAUAUUUAACAGUGAAGCUGCUUGUUAUAAUUCUAAAAGUGAUAAUGGAAAUACUCAUAAUUGAAAUAAACUCUUACAUGCUUGUACUAGGGGUGAGAGGGAUUUUCUAAGGUGGCAUAAUUUGCUGAAGAUGAUACUUAAAAUGUAGUUUCUUUGUUAUCUCUAGUUCUGUGACUCAGACAAAUAAGAUUUUAGCAUAAUGUAACUUUCAAGUAUUAUAUCCACUGGUAAAACUUCGUAAAUGAAAGGAAAUGUCGAAGUCACCUCUUUACUGAGAUAAAAUAUAUACUUGUGUUGGUUAGGAGAUUUAAAAAACUAAACACGUACCCUAAAAUUUUGUAUAAAUCAGUCAUGCCUCUUUUAGAAGGUGAUAUUGAAUAACCUUUGUAUGUUUUUUCCAAAAUGAAACUAGUUUUCGCUCACUGCGACUUAUAGAAAAGUCUUCUAAAACAAGGGAAGGGUUCAGUUCUAAGACAAAUGACUAUAAAGCAGAUUUUUGUAAGUAAACAUUCCCCUAAUUAUAUUUCUGCCUGCUAUCUCAUGACUUGAAUAUUAGUGAAGGUUAUAUACUGCUAUUUUUUUUCCUUUCUUAGUAUGUUGUCAUCGGAAUCAUUUUAAUAACCUUUUGUUUUUCUAGCAUAGAAACCAUCUAAUUUUCUGUGUGGUAUUUCUUGGCAAAUAAGCAGUUAUUUUAAUAAUCUAUACAGGGUCAUGAAAAUGAUGAUAUGAACAAUUUUGUAAUGUUGAAUUUUCAGAACUCUACUUUUAAUAUCUUGGCUCUUAGGUAUCCCCCAUUAUGAACCUAAUUCAAAGUAAUGCAUAGGAUACAGGGAAAGCAGGACUAAUAUUUUAAAUAUCUUAAACUUUUCCAAGUGUUUUCAUGUUCUUGGCAUUUUUCAGAGGAAAUAAUAGGUUUGAACAUAGCUUUUUUAAAGGUAGAUUUCUUUAGUAAGGCUCAGAAGAGAAAUAAUUGCUUUUUAUUAGCAUUGUUUUUCUUCCCUGGGCUCCCUCCAUUCUUGCAUAAUUUAGCCAUAAAAGGAAGAGCUUUUCAUUUUCCCAGCUCUGGAAAAAGAAUAGUUUGAAACUGUAAGUUUCAUUUUUGAACCAUCCCUCUUUAAAUCUGUUCAAUUAAUGUAAUGUAUCCUCUGAGGGAGAUAUCUUUAUUUUACUAAGCAAGGUGUAAAAGUCACAUUAAGGCAGAAAUUGGAGACCCACAGGAUAUCUUCACUGAAACUAAUUUGAAUUAUUUCUAUUUGGAGCAAAGGAUAUUCUAAACCAAGACUGGUUUAUGUUAGGUUCUGUAGGAGGCAUCUAAUCAGCUAUAUUUUAAGAGUGUGUUUGUGUAUAUGUUUUAUUUUGAUGAAAUAAAACUUCAGAGAAGAUACAUGUGAGUAAACAAUGAUAGAUUUUUUGGACCCCACCCAUUAGUCUAAGUGCUGUAAUGAUGGGUAAAAUGGUGAUAUGGUGCAGCUUCAAUAAUGUGCUGUGUAUUUGGUCAGGGGCUUGUGUACUGCUGUGUUGGUGAAGAGGGGGGGAGUCCUUUAUUGGAAUCCUGCAAGCCCUUUGAGCAUUCUUAUGUGUCUGGGUUUUUUUAAGGGAUCUACAUGCCUUCACGUUCAGUUAAUUUUGACGAACUGGCAGUGAAAUUCAUUGAUGCCCAUCUUUGAUAAAAAUGAAGAAUAAUGUAUCCUCAGUGUAGUACAUACAGACCAACACUGAUUAUUUGGGGAAGAGGCCCUUGUUUUGUUAGACAUGACUUUAAAUAUAACAAAAGGUAACAGCGUUCUUGCACUUGGUUUGCAUUUGUUACUAAGUGCACCAAAUCAUUUGUUAUGAUGUAGCUUAUUCUCAGUAUUUAUAAAUAGUUGUCAGAAUGAAAAUAAGAUUUGCAGCAUCAUUUCCCAGUCUCUACUAAUAAUAAAACAAGGCUGCUUAACUACUCAAGUGAUCCAACAGAAGAGCCAAUAAAGCUCUGUAAGUUUGAUUUAGAAAUAGAUGGGGCCUGUAGCUAUUAAGCAGUGCCUCCCUUUUAUCUAUUAGUUUGUUUCUAUGUACUUCCAGGAGAAGCAAUAGAAUUUACUUUCAGCCCAUGUUUUUGUAAUUUAAAAUCUCUAACACAAGAGAAAUGAAAGUUUUUGAAAAUUGAGUUAAAAACUACUGAAAAUUGUGGGGUGUGUCUACAUAUACUUAAAUUUAGAAUUGAUCACAUUGAAGAGAUUUUUUUCGUACAUAUGUGUCCCCCCUGUUUAGAGUAAGAAAACUUUGCACAUAAUGCACAUUGGAAUACAUAGUUUUAUUAAAAUUGAGCUGUGUCCAAGAGAUAUGCAGUGUUAUUAACUCAUUUUCUUAAGGUUAUUCUAAAUUUGAUAGCCAAUGUAAGGUAAUUUUUGUAAGGCAUAGGGAAAUUUUUAAAAAUGUAUUAAUGUCAGACUCUGAGGAAAUUUAAUGCACAUUGACUUUUUAAAGUAUGGAUUGAACUCCUCAGUUUAAUACAAUUUGUGUUUUUGUUAACUAGCAGCAGAAUUUCAGCAUUUGCUACUUACUGGUAGAGAAGAAAAAUCCCACAGCCCUGCCAGUACAGGUUAGUUUAAUCUGUAAGUACCUGAUGUUCCUAUUUUUUUCAAACAUAUCCAUAUAACCCACACAAGGAAGAAAGGGCAGUUGCUUAAAUGUGAGUAUAACAGUAGUUCCAUUGGACACUUUCAGACACUCAGUACUUGGUCCAAUUAGUUCUAGGUUUGCUAGCUGUCUCUAUUAUUUGGUUGUGGUUGAGCUUAAAGAGCUCUAUUGUACAUAAAAGAAAAAGACAGUGAAAGUUUCUAUUGGCUAUAUACUCAGUUUGGUAUGUCGUAAGCAGUGCAGGGCUUUGGGUCCAGCGUCUUUUAUUUAAGCUAGUUCUGUAGUGGUAUUUACUUACCUUUUGACUUUUUACAGUAUGAAUCAACCAAAAAAAAGUCAAGUUUUCUCAUCUCUAGCAAUGACAAAUGGUAUUUGUUGUUGUUCGUAAGUGUUUCUAGUAGUUUGGUGUAAGUACUAAUUUAGUUCAUCUUUGGUACACUAUAACCUGUUCUGUUGGGUUCAUUUUACUUUGAGCCAAGAAUAACAAGCCUUACUUUUCAAUAUUCAAAUGAAAGGUGACUACCCAUCAAGAAAUCUAGACAGAUUCUUCAUGUAUUUCUUUGGAGGGGCAGCGGGGAUGUGAUGGAUUGUAAAAGAUGUUAAAGUUUUUGUUACUUUCAUUGAUUCUAGCAGAAUUCAUUGUUGUCUUGAACCAUCCAUGAGAAAUUUCCUUGAACCUUGAAAUAUUGUACUCUUACGUUGAUAAGAAUUUAAAAUACUGAGGAGAAGAAUAAAGCAUAAUUUAGUUUAUAAAAGCCUGAACCAUCCUUUCAGUCUGUAUCAUUGACUAGGAUGCAUGGCUUCCUCCUUUACACCCCAGAGUAAUGAUGUCUUCUUUGAGUGAGACAGUCUGUCCAUAAAAGCACUCCUGUUAAACUGGGAUGGUGAUGAGGCACCAAAACACAUUAUCUUAAUGUAAUUUUAUACAGAAGUCAUGCAUUCAGUUAAAUUUUUUAAAAAUGUCAACUGAUGAAAAAGACAUUUCAUAAAAUAUCCACUUGGUUGUUAAUAUAAAAUUGCCUAAGGGCUUAAGUUUCAUUGCCUUUCACAGUAAAUACAGUGGAAAUGGUUUUCCUUAAAACCAUCUCUUUAAAGCUGCCUUUCUGGUGAGUACUAUUUUAUACUUUUGUAUAUCACAGUUUCCUUUUAAAUUUAACUGAAAAGAGUACACUUUCAUCACUUUCAUCAAAGAGUGAGCAAUUUGAAUUUCUGAACUCUUCAGAUAUUACCUGAAUUGGAAACACUAAGAAUAAAGUGAUUAUAUUACCUCCUGACAUUUCCAUAGUAAUCUGGGCUCACUUUUUUCUGACCUUCAUGUAACAGACUAUAUAAGUACAAAACUUUCUAACAUAAAUGAUUAUUUUUUUAGUGAAAUGGGGUGGGGGGAGUUUUUACUCAAAGCUAUCUAGCAUUUAUUAUUUUAAGCUUAAGAUUUUCUUUUUAGAUGACAUCGAAAAUAUUUUUCUCUAUGCUUUUGGCUCCCACAUUGCAUAGGUGUAAAAUUUAAAUACCAGAAUUCCUGUCCUUGUUGAAGCUGUUGUUGCAGUGAUUUGUGAGCAGUUAAGCUGAGGGUAAGGUUGGAGAAGGGCUGGCCUAAAAUAUGGUAAUGUAGGCUAAUUGAUUCUUUUUGACUCAGGCUUGAAAAUUUCCCGUGUAUUCUUAAAUGACUAACCUGCAUGAAAAACUUGAGUUAGAAAUACUGGUUUUUGGGGCUGUGUAUGUCAGUGAAAAUCAGCCUCUGAGUAUAUUUUUAGUUAAUUUAUCUUCCCCUCUUAGUCUUUAGCCACGUCCUAGCUAAAGUCAGUAUACACUAAGGAUGUUUUCACAUUGUAUCUUCCACUGAUAUUUGUAAACGAAUAAUGAACAGUCAACUCUUUUUUUAGUAUGACCGAUGAUAGUUUUCUACAAUCCGAAAAUUGAUAUCUAUGUGAUAAUGGUAAUGUAUUCUCCCAGAUAAGUACUAAAUAAAAUAUGGACACUUAAUUUAUGUCUUUAAGAUUUAAAGUCAAGUAAAUUUCUAAGGAACUCUGUCCUUUCCUAGCAAGGAUAAACAGACAUUGAAAAUUUGGUAAGUAUUUAACUUUAAAUGCAUGUGGUAGUGAUGAGAGUGAAUAGACAAAUUUCCAUAGUUUAAGAUAAUAUUUAGGCAUGAACAAGAAUUCUUGAAUCUCCUUUGCGACCUAAUGUUUGUGUGUCUAGCUAGCAGUUUUAUAAACUUGUGUGCACAAUGAUUAAAUUGAAAUGUACCUUACUCCUUUGUCUGGCUUGUUUUCUUUUUCAUUUGUAUGGUACUUUAAAUACUAAUUUUAUAUUUCAAGCUUUUUUCAGGGUAAAAAUAAGUGGCUGGUAAAGAAAAUAUCUUCAAGAAGAAUUAUUUAAAUGUCCCUAUUUAAAAACCCAAUGAUGACUUUCAAUUUAUUUACACCUUCUCUUUUCCAGCUCCAGUUAAAAGUGACAAUAGGCAGCUGAACAAAAAAAUGGUGGCUGGGGAAGGGGGAUCUUUGUGCUGUUUUUGGAAUAUUUGUAGGGAUCAUCGUAUUACAGUCAAAUGUUAAUCCAUUGCUUGAUUUUCAUGGAAACUGCUUUUUGAAUUAAGAGGGAAAAGGUGGUGAGAUUUGAAUUUUCUUCCUCCUUGGUACAUUGUUAUUAGUAAGAGGGUAGUGUAUGGAAAUUAAAGUGAAAACAUUUAUUAUCUGUACCAGGGAAGGCAACUUAUUUCUUAGUGUGUUCCUUUCUUUCCAAAGUAGUAUAUAGCAUUAUUUUGUGACGUGGUACAAGAUCCCAAAGGGUUGUAGGAAAGAGGCGGGGGGCCGUUCCCUCAGUUUAGUCUCCAGGCUUUACUCCAGCAAUGUACUGGUAAGGUAGGAAAUGGGGAGCAAGUCAUACAGGGGAUGUGAUGAUAAAGACUGAACAAAACAAACAAGGGAGAGGAUAAAUGGCUGGACCACAUAUGAUUAAAUGGUCUAACGAAACAAAAAAAUGUGAAUAGUGAUAUGAUUUUUAAUGUAAGUAAAUGAACUCACUAAUAAAGGUUGUUAAAUGUAAUUAACAUUACAUUUGUGGUUAAAUGUAAUUAACAUUACAAAUGUAAUUAAAUAUUAGCCUAAAAAUUAACGUUAAGCCCUGGCCAGAUAGCUCAGUUCAUUAAGAGACGUUAGAGCGACAUCCUGAUGCACUGAAGUUGCCAACGGUUUCGAUCCCCAACCAGGGCACAUACAAGAAUCAACCAAUAAGUAAAUGGAAUAAGUAAGUGGAACAACAAAUCAAUGUUUCUCUUCCUCCUUCCCUCUCUAAAAUCAAUAAAAAAUUUUAAAUUAACAUUAAAACUCUGGCAAUUAAUAAAUUGCAUUUUGUGGGGGGUUAAUUUUUUUCCACAAAUAGUAGUUAGUGCAUUUUGACAUUCUGAUGUAUCACCUGGAAGCUAACGCAAGGGAAAAAUGAAAUGGAUGAUCACAUCUGUGGUAUUUACCUAUGUUGUAUUUUAGUCCACUGGUGGGGUUUGGGCGUAAUACAUGUUCCUUAGUGUACAGAACUAUGUAAAUAGUUAGACUAGAACUCGCAAAAUGCACUGCAGUUUUUUGUUUCUCUUUUGAGGUGGUUUAGAGGUGUUUGCUGGGCUUUGAGAAAACCAAAAUUACCAUUUGAAAAAUGGUGUUUUAUUUUCAUAGCCUUAGCAGUUUCAGUUUGUGUUUUCAUUUAAACGCUGAGGGAUUUUUGCUUCCGCAUUAUUAAAAGCAAGCCUGUUUUUGUUCCAAGAUUAUGUUUGGCCAUUAAGAACAUUUGAGUGCCUGUUAUUUACAAAGAUGAAUAAAAUUUUUCUUUUAUUAUUUAUAUUUGUCUGAGCCCAUUUUAUUAAGUUGUAUCCUGAAUAAUUUAUACUGAGAAGGAAUUACAAUGAUAUGCAUCAGCUGUCCUGAGGAGAUUUUGGCGUGCCUUGGGAGAUUAAGGCAGAGUUAUUUUUAUUAAGUAUGGGCUGUCUAUUGGGAGCAAGUAUGUAAGGGGUAAAUGAAGUUAUUUAGACUGCAGGUAUAUGGGGUGUGUGUUAAAAAGUGUUGAGUGAACAGGUAGAUGAAGCCAGAAGUAGUAUAGUGGUUUAGACUAAGCAUAUAAUUAGAGCCUGCAAUCAAAUUUAUCAUUUACAUAUUUUUAUGACCUUGAACAAGUAAUUCCUUUAGAAUUUAGAAUGGUGAUUUACUAGGCUUGUAAGAAAAAGUUGGUAUGGAAAAGAAAAUUUUGUCUGCUGUUGGAUAUUGCAGGAGUGAGGGGGUAGGCAGUUAACUGAAAACCUAAGACUUUUAUACAGUGAGUGCAUAUGAAUGCCUAUUACAUGCUUAGAUAUUAACCAAUGUACAGACAGACAAAAUGCAUCUGAAAAGGGAUCAUGGAGCUGAGGGUUUAAGAAGCCAGUCCUUGGAGAAAGUCUUGGGUAACAAUACUGAGGCAGAAGGGUACUGGUGCAGAAACUGUAAGAUGGGAAAGCUUAGCAUCCUGGAGAACAGAAAAAAGUGAAUUAGGAGUGGUGGAUGGACCAGAACACAGGACCAUGUAUUCCCCUGGAAGUCAUUG